GAUGUUCUUUACUUAUUCUCGCGUUUUAGCUUCAAAUCAUUUGAGGUUGAGUUUAAAAUGCGCUAAUAGGCGUUUUGCAUCGGCUGUUCCCACAGCCGCCGAUAUACCAAUUGAGACGAAUCAAGACAAUGGAGAAAAGUUAUCUAUACCUAAAACCAGUGAUUCUUUCUGCAUGAACUUGUUUUUGGGCAAAGCUGUGUUGGGACAAGUGUUUCCAUAUCCAUUGAAUUUGGACGAUGAGAGGCGUGAAAUGCUUCAAAUGGUUUUGGCACCAACUGAAAAAUUUCUCGAAGAAGUUAAUGACCCUUUUAAGAAUGACGAAACUGCAUUAAUUCCCUCUGAAAAAUUAGAUCAAUUUGCGGAAUUGGGAGCUUUUGGAGCUGUAGUUCCUGAAAAAUUUGGUGGUGCUGGAUUGAACAAUACACAAAUGGCUAGGUAAAAAUA